AGGAGAGAUAUUUUUCACUUUCUUCAUUAUAUUUUCUCUCUUCUCUCUCUCUCCUCUGAGAUCUUCCAAUCUCUCUCUAUCUCUCAGCUGUCUUGUAUCUGAUUAUCAAAUUAAGAAAAAAAAAUAUUUAUAACUGUUUCAAUAAGAACUACGCUGAUUUUUCUAUUUUCCGACAAGCUGAAAAAAACCUUUUAUUUCUAAAGUGAAGUUUCGUGUUUUUUAUCUUGUCUGAAAUUUUGAUCCGCCAGCUAAUUUAACCUCUUUUUUGCCCAAAGGUUUCGCCUUUCUUACUGUUACCUACGCCAAUUGCACUUAGCAAUCUUCAAGGAUCGUCCCUCGAAGGAUUAAAGAGUCUUUGGGAUCGAAUUAUAGCCAGAUGAAGUGUUUCUAUUUGACUUGAGAAAUUGGGUUUCUUCACAUUCAAUAAAGAGGCUGCUGAUAAAAGGUUAGGGACGAAUCUUGUGGUUCCACGGUGUCACUUGCUAAUUUGAUACUGCAUUUGGGAUCUCUAUUAAGUUAGGAUUGAAGUGGGUAUAUAGAAAGUUUGGAGCUUCUAUUUUGAUAUGGUGGACUGGAUCAUAGUCUCUGAUCUGGUCAGAUGUUACUGGGAUAAAGGAUCGAGAAAGUAACAAGAGUGGUUUUAAGUAAUACCACUUUUAAGGAACUUGAGGGGAGAAAGUGUCAUGUCUCGUUGCUUUCCAUUUCCACCUCCAGGAUAUGAGAAGAAGAUUAGGACCGAUGAAGCAGACUCUUUGAUAAAGGAAAAGCAAAAGAAGCACAAAAAGGAGAAGAGGGAUAAAGAAAAGAAAGAAGGAAAAGACGGUAAGGAUAAAGAAACAAGCAAAGACAAACACAAGGAACGGAAGGAGAAACAUAAAGAGAGGAAAGACAAAGAUAAAGAAAAGAGCAGAACUUCGGAUGAUAGAAAAGCUGCUGGUGUUCUGCCGAACAGGCAUGACGGAGAGAAGCUUGUAACAAAUACCCUGCAGAAUAAUGGUAAUGGAGAGUCUAAGUUUAUACAAGACCUUGCAAGAAGGAUCAGAGAUGAAGAAGAAGCUACAGAAAGUCAAAGUGUGGGAAAGAUUAGGAAUGGUGAUGAAAGAAGAAUCAAUAACAUCCAUAAAAACUUUGCGAUGUCAAAAAGGCCUGAAAAUGGGGUUUGUCAAGUAUCAUCUUGCACUGGUCAGAAAGGAACCGAGGAGGUCAUGUUUAAACCAUUGGAGAAGAAAGAUCAGGCAAACAAAAUAGAUAAUCACCGUAAGGAAAGUGUGAUUAUGGCUGAUAUGCCACUGGAUAGUGAAGGGAUGAAGAAAAGUGAACCCAAAUACAUAACAAAUAGUAGUAAAGAGAAGAAAGAGGAGGAAACAAAGUUCAUAAACAAAACUGGUCAGGGCAAACCAAAAGAUGUAGAGGGAGGGCCCAAAUUAAAAGAGAGAGAUGUAGAUAUUAGGAACUUUAGAGUGCAAGACCGUUCAAGGGAGAGCGGCAAAAAUCUUACUUCAGAGGGAAUUCUUGGCAAACGGAAAGAUCUUGAGACAAAUGGAUUCUUGCUUGUGAAUGGAUCUAGGCCAAACAAGAUACAAAAGUCAGUUGGUUCUCCAAUAUCAUCCGUGGAAAAUGGAAGAAAGUUGGGAGCAUGCCAAACUCCUCUAAAACCGGUUUCUGAGUUGCAGGGAACAGUGUGUAAUCCAGAGGCCAAGGAGCAUAGAGUUAAUGGUUUUAUCAAGUCUCAAGAAUCCAAAAGUCAUUCACCUGUUUCUUCUGUGAGAGUGAAGGAAAACGGUGAAGCAUCAGCAAAAAAGCGGCCUCACUCGGAUUUAAAGUAUUUGGAUCAGAUACUAAAUGUACCAAAAAAGGAGGAAUUGCAUGUGGUUGAUGAAACUGAAGAACAAGAGUGGCUUUUUGGUCAGUCUGGUGUGAAACUAUUAAAGAAGCCAAAAACAGAUUCUACUGCUUCAGUGGAUGAGUCUCUGCAAGUCUGGAACCAGGCUCUUAGUAUAGAUUCUGCUGACAUUGUAGCUCUUCCAUAUGUUGUUCCAUUCUAG